AUGGACCAAAGAGAAAUUCUGCAGAAGUUCCUGGAUGAGGCACAACACAGGAAAAGUAACAAAGAGGAGUUUGCUAAUGAAUUUCUGAUGCUGAAAAGACUAUCCGCCAAAUAUAAGGCAGAAAAAACCUAUCCCACAACUGUGGCUGAGAGGCCCAAGAAUAUCAAGAAAAACAGAUAUAAGGAUAUUUUGCCCUAUGACCAUAGCCUAGUAGAACUGUUCUUGAUAACCUCUGAUGAGGAUUCCAGCUACAUCAAUGCCAACUUCAUUAAGGGAGUUUAUGGACCCAAGACUUAUAUUGCCACCCAGGGACCUUUGCCUACAACUGUCCUGGACUUCUGGAGGAUGAUUUGGGAAUACAGCAUCCUGAUCAUUGUUAUGGCGUGCAUGGAGUUUGAAAUGGGAAAGAAAAAAUGUGAGCGCUACUGGGCUGAACCAGGAGACACGCAACUGCAACUUGGUCCUUUCUCCAUAUCCUGUGAAGCUGAAAAUAGAAAAUCUGAUUAUACAAUCAGGACUCUAAAAGCCAAGUUCAAUAGUGAAACUCGAACCAUCUAUCAGUUCCAUUAUAAGAAUUGGCCAGACCAUGAUGUGCCUUCAUCUAUAGACCCUAUUCUUGAGCUCAUUUGGGAUGUGCGUUGUUACCAAGACGAUAACAGUGUUCCCAUAUGCAUUCACUGCAGCGCUGGUUGUGGAAGGACUGGUGUUCUCUGUGCUAUUGAUUACACAUGGAUGUUGCUAAAAGAUGGGAUAAUUCCUGAGAACUUCAGUGUUUUUAGUUUGAUCCAGGAAAUGCGAACACAGAGGCCUUCAUUAGUUCAAACUCAGCAACAGUAUGAACUGGUCUACAACGCUGUAUUAGAACUAUUUACGAGACAGAUGGAUGUUAUCAGGGAUAAACACUCUGGAACAGAGAUUCAAGCAAAGGACUCAGUUUUUGAGCAAAAUCCCAACAUAAAAGCAAAAUCUUAUUCUCCUAAUUUACCAAAAAGCAACACAAAAGAAGCAAAAGUGAUGAACCAACAGAGCAAAGGAAGGAUAAGGGUGAAAAGUGCAGAAGCUUCUUCCUUUGACCUCAGGACUUCUGAAAUAAAUGAAAAGGAAGGGUUAGACAUGCACCCUGCUAAACAGAGCAGUUCUUUAGAGUUUUUGGAACUGAACUGUGGUUGUAACAAAAAUGCUGACACAACCAUGAAAUGGGAGACAAAGGUAUUCCCAAUAGCUGGGGAGCCUCUUCAGAAGCAUCAAAGUUUGGACUUGAGUUCCAUUUUGUUUGGAGCAUAUCCUAAAUCUAAACCUGUAAAUGCAGCAGGAAGAUAUUCUAAUUUAAAGGUGCCAAUACUGCGGACCAAAUCAACUCCCUUUGAAUUGAUGCAACAGAGAGACAGCAAAGAGUUGGACAUAAAGGGAAAUUUUUAUUUGGAAUCUCAACCACACAAUUGUUGUGUUGAUCAGGCUCAAAAAGUGAUGCAUGUUUCUUCAGCAGAACUGAAUUUUUCACCAUCACAUGACUCUAAGCAUCAAACGUGCAAUGCUGCUAAUGCAAAGCAGCAUGUCUCUGGUGCUUUUAAUGAGCAUUCUUAUAUGUCUUUAGUAGAAGAUCCUUAUUUUUCAUCAUUGUCUCCAAGUAGUGCUCGUUCUAAGAUGUCUUUUGAUUUACCUCAGAAGCAAGAUGGAAGUGUUUUACCUUGUUCUUCCCUGUCAAAAUCCUCUACAACCCUCUUUCCUCAUUACAGUUCACAUGAUUCUUUAACACUGACUACCCUGACCAAUUUUCCCCCACCACUGAACCAAGAGACAGCAGCAGUAGCAACUUCUCCACGGAUAGAUGAUGAAAUCCCUCCUCCACUUCCUGAACGGACACCUGAAUCUUUUAUUGUAGUAGAGGAAGCCGGAGAACUCCCACAGGGUGUUCCCAAAUCUUCAUCUUCACCGGUGAAGGUAAAAAUUGGAACAUCACUAGAAUGUAGUGGAACAUCUGAAUCAAAGAAAUCUGAUGAUUUGAGUGUAAAACCCGAGAGUCCAAAAUCAGAUCUACAACAAGAUCGUUCUUCUUCCCCACCACCUCCACUGCCAGAGAGAACCUUAGAGUCCUUCCUUCUUGCUGAUGAAGAUUGUAUACAGGCUCAACCUGUAGAGACUUGUUCUAGCUGUCCUAACACCAUGGAAAAUUCAACAUCUUCAAAACAGACACUGAAACCUCCUGGAAAGAAUUUUACAAGGAGUAAGAGUUUGAAAAUUUUACGAAACGUGAAAAAGAAUAUCUGUAAUUCUUCCCCACCAAACAAGCCUGCACAGACUGUUCAGUCAAAUAACUCCAGCUCCUUUUUGAAUUUUGGUUUUGCAAAUCGUUUUUCAAAACCCAAAGGACCAAGGAAACCACCAUCAACUUGGAAAAUUUAA